UUUCUCAAAAAAGUUUUGAUAUUUCCAUCGCACCAGCGCAAAGUAUUUUUCCUGGUUUCAACACCAACACGUAACACCGGUAGUCUAGUGGAAGAAGGUUCUUCCUCUCUCUCUCGUUUAAUUGUGUCUCAUUGAGAAUUACAUGAUUGUAGCUGUGAUGCACAGCAAAUCAAAUAUCGUUGUGCGAGAAUCUACUGCUCACCAGCAGAUCACAUUUACGCUGCAGUGGACUAUCGAAGGCUUCUUGCUGCAUCUUUAUGAUACUGGUACCAUGUUUAACGCCGGCAUUACCAUGGUGGAGCUGGGAAUGAACCAUUCUCAGGGACGCUGGCGGAUUGGACUACAGCCUUGCCAUGUGGACCCCGAACACCCGGGAAUGGAUGGCUUCAGUCUGGCAGCGUAUUUGUAUCUCACUGACACAGAUUUGGAAUCCAAGUCGUUCACAGGACAACAAACUUUUUUGGCUGGAUGUCGGAUAAGUCUGGCCACCGGAAGAUCCAUGGUGCAGAUUGUUCCCCCAACUGAGCUGUUGACAAUCCGGUUUGGAAGUGCUGAUUCUUCAUAUGGAGCAGGCAAACUAAUCAGCCAUCGUGAUCUUACGUCCCAACUGCUGGAUGACUGCAUUACUGUCACCAUGGACGUUAGCUUGGAGACAGGAGCCGAAACGUUUCACAUUCUGAACCGGGAACCAGAUCAAGCCAUCUACCGACAGCAAUUCUGUAACCGACUGGCUGACAUGUUUUCUGCAGAAACUAAUCUGCAAUCUGCAGACUUUACCAUUUGCUCCAGUGAAGGCCAAUCUUUCUCCGUGCACCGCCUCUUAUUAAUGGCGUUUUCGCCUGUUUUUUCCGCCAUGCUAACACAUGAUUCCAUGGAAAGACAGCACGCCCUAUGCCAGCUGGAUGAUAUUGAUGGGGAAACUGUAACCAUAUUUCUGGACUAUCUAUACGGAUGCAACAUGGCAAAGGUCAAUCCUGAUAACGCAGAAAAGGUUUUGAUUAUGGCCGAUAAGUAUGCUGUGACAGAUCUGCGCUCGUUCUGUGAACUGAUGCUGAGCAAAAACCUCAAUGUGGAGAAUGCCGCAAAGUACCUUGCAUGCGCUGAACAGCGACAACUGUGUUUGCUGAAGGAGAACGCCCAGUAUCUGUUAAAUACGGAUCGUACGCCACACAGCCUUAGGCCUGAAGGACGAGUUGGUAACAAUCAUAGCACUGAGGAAACGAAACAGACUACCGUCCCGCAGAAGCCCCCGGGAGAACCCACUAAGCCACGUAACUUUAUGCUUUCCUUGGUGGUGUUAUUAGCGAUUGUUGUGGCAUGUUUACUGUUUGGGUUCGCAUUUGCGCGCCUUCUCGAAGGGAUCACGCUUUAAUGAAGCAGUUUCAA